AUGCAAUCUCCCACUCUCAAAUACGGCAGUCGACAAGCCCUUGGCCGGCUACUACAGCAAUGGAUCGAAAGCCCAGAAUCUGACCCGCCGGGGGAAACAUGUCCGAUUCUGCCUUCUAAACUAAAAUUCAAAGAUCUCAAGAAGUGCAAGAAACUUGAAAUAGAUAUACAGAUGCAUCCUUAUCUUCCCAUCCAGAUUGAAUACGAAUUUGAACAACAUGGAAUAAUGGGACCAACCGGCGGGGCGUGGGACAUGGUCUCCAUAGAAGAACCUGACGCUCCACGAGACCCUGAAUACCCGCACGUUCAUACCUGGAAAGGACAAAUUGCGCCUGGGGUACUAAUGAUUGAGGAAAUAAAGAAAAUACCUGGUUUCUUCAUGUCGGAAGUCUGCCAGGCCAUUUACCAGAACUACUUCCCGAUUGAUAGCUUGAAGUAUGUCUAUAUGAUCGACGUUUGCAAUAAAGACACUCGUUCGUUUGUUAUGGAUGAGCUCUAUACCGAAGCCAAUGGCUAUACUUGGGAAAAAGAUACGAUUAAUUGCAUACCUGGAACCCCGGAAUUCGAGGCGCUGCUAGGUACAAAACUUGGACGAACUGUGGCACAUUUGGUUUUGGGGGCCUUCAAACGUGGAACUCGUCGGAUUUCACAAAUUAAGGUCUUUGAUAACUUUGAAGCUUUGCAGUUGGAGUUUUCCAUUGUUCCGACUGAUGCCCCGGCUCAAAGCUCUUCGACUCGUAGUACAAGGUCAAAAACGCGCCGCGAGCAAAAUAUCGAAUCGAGGAAGCGCAAAAGGGACUCGAGUGAAGAGCCUGCGAAGAAGAGACUGAAGCGCGGAAAGUGA